AUGGGCGAUGCGCUGCGGCUUAAAUUUUUGUUUGCGAACAAAGAUGGCGUACAAUUGGAGAUGAACUUUUCUAAAGCAGCGACUGUAGCUGAGGCCAAGGCACAGCUCAUGCGUUCUUGGCCCCAAAAUGUGCCGUCCGCAGAAGACGCCAAAUCUGUCCGCCUGAUUUGCAUGGGACGCGGAAUUCUACAGGAUGCACAUUCACUAGAAUCUGCCGUUCCAGUAUUUGACACGCAUCCGACGCCUGUCAAUGUUUCGGUCUUUCAUAAGUCACAGGAGGCUGUAGGAGAACCCACGCGGCGACACGCAAUUGCGAAGACGGUCGACUCAGCGGGCUGCGGCUGUGUCAUCUGCUAG